AUGAUUUUUAGCUUUUUUUUUUUCAUAAUUAUUUUAAAUUAUAUAAAAUGUGACAUUCCUGUACAUUGUUUAAGUAGACACGUAGAAGGUACGUGGGAAAUUAAAUUGGGUUUAUUAAAAAAUAAAAAUUCAGAAAACAAAGAAUUGCAAACUUCAAAAAAAAAUAUAAUAGAAGAUAAUUUGAAUGAAAAUAGUUAUGAUUAUGAAUGUGGAUAUAGGAGACCUGAUGAUUCUAAAUUCCAUGAUGGCCUUAACCCAGAGAAAGUUAAAGAAAAUUUUGAAGAGAAAAAAAGAAAAAUUUUUGUUUUCAAUAACGAUAGGACAAUAAAUGUAAUUGAAAAUGAUCAUAUAAAUUAUGAAUAUAAAGGUUAUUGGAGAAUAAUAUAUGAUGAAGCUUUAUAUAUAGAAAUAUAUAAAGAUAUUAAAAAAAAAGAAAUAUAUUUUUCUUUUUUUAAAUUUAAACAAGAAAAUGAAGUAUCUUAUAGUUAUUGUAAUAAUUUAAUUAUAGGUAUAGUAAAUGUUUAUUACUUGAAUUAUAAUUAUAUAAAUAAAGGAAAUAUUAGUAAUUCAGGAGAUAACGUAAUAAGACAGAAGAAAAAUAUUAAUUUUCUAAAAUAUAAUAUCAGAAAAAAUAUUUUUAAAAGCAGGAAAAAUCUAAACAAUAAACAAAAUGAUUUGUACGCAUUAAAAAAAUAUAUAAAUUAUUUAGAAAUAAAAUACGAAUCGUUGAAUUAUGUAAGUCCAAAUAGUUAUUUUAGCAGCUCUCUUCAAGAAAAAGAAAAUAAGAAAAUAAAUGAAAAAAAAUAUUUUUAUGGUCUAAUUGAUUAUUACAAUGAUAAUUUUAUAAAUUUUGAAUUCCUAACAAUGGAUAGAUAUUGUUGGUACGGAAAAAAAAUAAGUGAAAUAUCGGAAUACCCAACAAAUAAAAUUCCAACUGAAAUAGUAUCUCCUCUAAUAAUUGAUGUAAAUAUGCAUAACAGAAAUUAUGAAACUAUUAAAAUGCAAAAAAAAAGAAAUAUAGAUAAAUAUCAAAAGAAAAACGUGGGAAUUAUAGAAAAGACAGAAAGAAAUGAAGGAAAAAAUAUUUUAAAUUUUAAUUUAUUUAAUAAGAAUACAUUUAAAAAAUCUAAAAAAAAUAGAUUAUUUGAUAUGUAUGCUCAUAAAAAGAUUGAAUUAUUAAACUUUGAUUGGACAAACGAAAAUGAUAUACGAAACAGAUUAGGUAAUUUUGUAAAAAUUGUUGAUAAUGCUAUUGAUCAAAGAAAUUGUGGAUCUUGUUAUGCAAAUUCAGCUAUGUUAAUUAUUAAUAGUAGAUUAAGGAUAAAAUAUAACUAUAUAAAAAAUGUUGAUCUUUUAUCUUUCAGUAAUGAACAAUUAUUGAUAUGUGAUUUUUUUAAUCAGGGAUGUUCUGGUGGGUAUAUAUAUAUUUCUCUAAAAUAUGCUUACGAAAACUUUGUGUAUACAGAUAAGUGUUUUAAGAAAUAUAUGAAUACGUAUAUAAAUAAGGAUGAAAAAAAUAAUUCUCUGUGUGACAGAUUUGACACUUUUAAAAUUUUCUUACAUAAAAGAAAUAAUUAUAUGAAAAACAUCCCAAAUAAGAAAAAAAAGAAUAUUAUGAAAAAAGUAGAAAAAAAUAAUAUUUUCGUAAUUAAUAUGAUGAAUGAAAAAAAAAGAAAAUAUUUAAAAAAUUCAGAAGAUAGCAUAAUUAAAGAUGUAAAAUUGCAUAAUAAUAGCAAUGAAAAUGAACUAAAAAAUGGUAUAGAAAGAAAUCGAGAAAUUAAUGAUAUUGGAACAAGUAACAAGGAAAUUAAUGAAAAAAAAUAUCAUGAGAAUAGUCAUAGAAAAUUUUUCAAUUAUAAAAAAAAGAAUGAAAAUAACUUUAAUAAGAAUUAUGAUGAAGAUAAUGAUGAGAGUAAUCAAAAAUAUGAUGAAGAAUUAUAUGAAGAUUAUAUAUUAAUGAAUAAACAAAUAUAUGAAAAAUAUAAGUUUGACAUAAAAAAUUUGAAUAGCUGUGAUAUAAAAGUUAAGGUAAGAAAGUUUGAGUAUUUAGAUAUAGAAGAUGAAGAAGAUUUGAAAAAAUAUCUUUACUAUAAUGGUCCUAUUGCUGCAGCAAUUGAACCAUCAAAAAAAUUUGUGAAAUAUAAAAAAGGAAUAUUAAAAGAAAACUUUAUAAAAAUGCAUGAUGGAGAAAAAUCAAAUGCAUAUAUAUGGCAUAAAGUAGAUCAUGCUGUUGUUAUAAUUGGAUGGGGAGAAGAAACGCUAGAAAGUUUUAUGAAGAAAAAUAAUUUAAAUGAAUCAGAUAUUGAUAAUAUUUCUGAUAUAAAAGAAAAAGACAAAAAUAAAAUAAUAAAAUAUUGGAAAAUUUUAAAUAGCUGGGGAACAAAAUGGGGAAAUAAUGGUUAUUUUUAUAUUUUAAGAGAUGAAAAUUACUAUAAUAUAAAAUCGUAUCUUUUAUUAUGUGAUGUUAACUUAUUUAUUAAAAAUCCACAAAAAAAAAAAAAAAAAAAAAAAGUAAUUAAUUAUAAUUAA